AUGGAUAAAAACGAAUAUGAGAAGCUCUAUAGAAAAUCUGUCGAGGACAAGGAGGGUUUCUGGGGAGAACAAGCAAAAGCACUCCUGAAGUGGGAUAAGAUAUUUAACGAGGUUUACAACAACAACUUCGAGAGUUCAAAGUGGUUUGAUGGAGGUAUGCUGAAUGCAUGCUAUAAUUGUGUUGACAGACAUGCUGCCUGUGAUCCAGACAAAGUUGCAAUUAUAUAUGACGGGAACGAUGGGGAAUCUGUCCGUUAUACAUUUAAGGAUGUUCUUGAUGAGGUUAUAAGGAUUUCUGCAGUUCUUAAAGAGCAGGGGCUUGAGAAAGGAGACACAGUAGCUAUGUACAUGGCCAUGUCACCAUAUGCGGUUUUUUCUGCACUUGCAUGUGCAAGGCUCGGACUUGUCCAUAAUGCUAUUUUCGGAGGCUUCAGUCCUAGCAGUGUAGCCCUACGGCUUGAUGAUUCCGAUGCUAGGCUAUUAAUUGUCCAAGACGUUGUUGUAAGGCAAGACUCAACCAUAAACUUCCUUGAGAACACAAGAAAAGCUCUUGAAAGUAGGCCCACUCCAGUUCUAGUUUUUGAUACUCUUCUUAAUGAAGAAAAGAUCUUAAAUGAAUUGGAUGGGAUCAAAAGCAAAGUUUUGGUAUGGUCGAAGGUUAUGAAAAAAAAGAACGAGUUCAUUCCCUGUGUCCCUGUCAAUUCCGAGGACAGGCUUUUCUAUUUAUACACAAGUGGAAGUACAGGAAGGCCGAAAGGAAUUAUUCAUACAACUGGUGGGUAUAUGGUAUAUGCAACGCUUACAUCCAAAAUAUGCUUCGACCUUCAGAAAGACGAUGUUUUUGCUUGCACUGCUGACAUUGGAUGGAUAACAGGCCAUACAUAUGUUAUCUACGGCCCACUAUCAAACGGGAUUACAACCGUGGUGUUUGGAGGAACUCCCUUCUAUCCUUCGUACCUUAGGCUUUUCAAGAUGGUCGAAAAGCACAGAAUAACUCAGCUAUAUACAGCUCCAACAGUAAUAAGGACAUUGAGGAAGUACUUUUCUACAACGCCUCUAAACCACAGGUACAACCUGACUUCAUUAAGAAUUCUUGGGUCUGUUGGAGAGCCCAUAAAUAAACAGGCCUAUUUGUGGUUUAGCGAAAACUUCAAUGGAUGCCCUGUUGUUGAUACAUAUUGGCAAACCGAAUCUGGGGGUAUCUUGAUUGCACCUAUUCCAUAUACUGUGGAGAGAAAGCCGGAAUGUGCCUGUCUUCCAUUUUUAGGCCUGGAGGUUGUUAUUGCAAGCUCAGACUCAAAAGAUGGUCAUGUUAUUGAGGCAAAGGAUUAUGAACUAGGGCGUAUUCUUUUCAAAGGAUCCUGGCCCGGAAUAGCUAGAGGUAUUUUAGGGGAUGCGGAGAGGUUUAAAAAGGGAUACUUCCCUUACAAAGGAUUCUAUUUUACUGGGGACGAGGGUUACAAAGACUCUUCUGGACAUGUAUGGGUUAGAGGAAGAGCCGAUGAUGUGAUAAAUGUUUCAGGACAUAGGAUCAGCACUGCGGAGGUUGAGAGUGCUGCAUGCAUGGAUCCACAUGUGGCAGAGGCUGCGGCUGUUGCUGAAAGUGAUGAAAUUACUGGGCAAGCACUCUGCUUCUUUGUUGUAUUGAAGGACAGGAAGGUGUCUAAGGAGAAGGUAAAAACAUCUUUGAGGGUAACCUUAAGAAAUAGAAUCGGAAAGUUUGUUAAUGCCAAGAACAUUUACUUCUGUGAAGGGAUUCCUAAGACUGCAACCGGAAAGAUUAUGAGAAGGGUUUUGAAGAGUAUCUUGGCUGGAGACACCCCUGGAGAUGUAUCAACUUGUACCAAUGUAGAUGUUAUUCAAGAUUUGAAAGAAAUCACCGAAUCAGAGGCAAAUUAA